ACAGCAAUACAACCAGGAGAGGAAGAGAAGGAGGGGAAAAGACUAAAAUAAUCCAGUGGCAAGACUCCCAGGAUAGCGUGGUGGUGCAGGGGAGGGAGUUGGAUACCCAGCAUGCAGGCAGCAUGGAACGGGUGAGGGAGCAGCGGCCUUUCUGCUCGCUGUCCAAGAGCCAGAGAGACCGAGAGAGAUUCUGCGAGAGAGACAAGGAUCGGGAACGCCGAUACACCGCCUCCUCGGCUGGCAGGGAGGAGGGACCCUGCCGCGUACCCACUCAGCAAUCCUACAGCUCCAGUGAGACGCUCCAGGCUUUCGAACAUGACCCUUCCCGGAUGCUGUUCGGAGGCAGAGUCAAAGAGAUGGUCCACAAGGAGAGCGCAGAGUACAGCAGGCCAGGCCAGACGUUUUCGCUGAGGCAACUUGGAAUCUGUGAGCCCCAGUCCCGGAGAGGCUUGGCGAUCUGCCCUGAGACGGGCCUCUCCCACCCCCUCAGCAGCUACUCCAGAGGGCCGGGCGCUACAGAGAACCAUGAGCCUGUAUCACCGGAACGUACCAUGACUCUUUGGGGAACGGGGGCAAACUCUGGGCAGGAUUCAUGCCUCUCCAGUCGCUCUAACUCAGCACUCACCCUCACUGACACGGAAAUGGACAAUAAAUCCGACAACGAGAUGGCUCACAUCACUCUGCAAAAGGAGGAGGGAAUCGGCAUGUAUAAAAGGCAGCAGUAG